AAUGAUAAAAAGCAUGGGAAAGGAAGAUAUGUUUAUUAUAGCAAGUAUGAAUAUUAUGAUGGAGUUUGGAGAAGAAUGGAAAAGAGGAUUUGGAAUUAUGAAAUUUAAUGAUAGGCAAGAGUAGAUGGAAAGAGGGUAAAUGAGCAAUUAUGUGGCUAAGCCAAAAUGUAAUACCUUUAAUGGAAUACUUAUAGAGAAGAGUAGGAUAGGAAUUAAGAAAAAAUGGUGAUGAAGUUUUUACAAUGUG